UGUCCGUAAGUGACUUGCUCAGUUUUAAGUCCAAGUUGUAAGAAAUAAAUUAAGGGGGAAUUAUUAAAUUGAAAUAAAAUAAUGAUGGGGUAUGUAUUUAGAUCGUAUUGUAUGCAGAGAAAUUGAUAAACAUGGGUUGGGUUUGGUUUGGUUUGGUUUUAAUGGAAGUAAAUGAGUAAAAGUAGACAGACAGGAGAGGAUUGAGGCCGUCUUUGGACUGAGGAGGGAGAGUAGUUGGUGGAUCCAUUAACAUCACCAUCACAGAGAGAGAGAGAGAGGGUUAGAGAGAGAGAGAGAGAGAGAGAUCCGAGUUUCAUAUCAUUCAUCUUCUCAUUUCUGAUCAGAAACAACAAUAAUAAUUAAGAAAAAAAUGGGUAGUUGUUAUUCGAAAGCGCAGAGGGAGAGAGAGGAAGAAAGCGGAAGGAGAAGACGGAGAGUGUUUAAGAUGAAAAGGAAGAAACGGGAAGUCGGAGGAGAAGAAGAUGAAGAAGAGGGAAAGGGGGUUUCUCAUUCUGGAAACUUGGGGAAUGGUGGUGGGAGCAGGAUGUGUUCCAACGCGGCCUCGAAAACAGGGACGGGGUGUUUGUAUACGCAGCAAGGCAAGAAAGGCACCAAUCAGGACGCCAUGCUCCUUUGGGAGAAUUUCAGUUCAAGGAGUGAUACCAUAUUUUGCGGCGUAUUUGAUGGGCAUGGUCCUUUCGGUCAUAUGGUGGCCAAGAAAGUCCGAGAUUCUCUUCCUAUUAUACUAUCCACUCAAUGGAAAUCACAUUGUAAAAAUGAAACUUCCGAUGCUGCCAUGGAUUGUGCACAAACUUCACCUCCAAUGGACGACGAAUGGUGUGAGCCAUUGGAGCAAAAUGAAAACCUCCCUGAGAUGUAUGUUGCUCUCAGACAGUCAAUGUUGAAGGCUUUCAAAUUGAUGGAUAAGGAUUUGCAAUUUCACCCAACCAUCGACUGCUUCUGCAGUGGAACAACUGCCAUUGCCUUGGUAAAACAGGGUCAGCAUCUUGUGAUCGGAAAUGUUGGUGACUCGAGAGCAGUUCUUGGAAUGAGAGACAAAGACAACGCUUUGGUUGCUGUACAGUUGACUGUGGACUUGAAGCCUGAUCUUCCUGGGGAAGCUGCUAGGAUCCAACGAUGCAAGGGACGGGUUUUUGCAUUGCAGGAUGAGCCUGAGGUUGCGCGGGUGUGGUUGCCAAAUAAUGACUCGCCUGGUCUUGCAAUGGCUAGAGCUUUUGGGGACUUUUGUCUCAAGGAUUUUGGUUUAAUUUCUGUUCCAGAUGUUUAUUAUCACCAUAUUACUGAAAGAGACGAAUUUGUCAUUCUUGCAACCGAUGGGGUUUGGGAUGUUCUCUCAAACAAGGAAGCCGUGGAUAUUGUGGCUUCAGCACCCGGUCGCACAACAGCCGCGAGAGCCCUUGUGGACUGCGCUGUUAGAGCCUGGAGGCUUAAAUACCCCACUUCGAAGAACGAUGAUUGUGCUGUUGUCUGCCUCUUUCUAGAAAAUGUAUCUUCAGGCAGCACAGCUAUUGUGGAGGAUAAUAGGACAACGAAUCAUGCAGCGGCAUCAGAAAAGACAGAAAUAGCUGAUAAGAGUACUAGUGGGGGUUUGGAAGUUAAUGGAUUUCAUCCUUUUGUUCUUGAACAUUCCGGAACUCAAGGGAGUUCAAAUGAGAUUGUGGCGGUUUCGGAGUUGACUGAGGAAAAGUCUCCUGGAAAGGGCCAGUCCAAGAGAACCCUAGCAGAGUGCAUUUCAACUGCAGAUGACGAGGAGUGGUCGGCUUUGGAAGGCGUUACUCGAGUUAAUAGUCUGCUAAGCCUUCCAAGGUUUAUGUCUGGUGAGAGGAGAUCAGCCAGCUGGAGAAAGUGGCUCUGACAUUUUCUUGUGAAUUAGUGUUUGUGGCCUUAAAUGAUGAUUUUUUUUUUCCCCACCUUCAAUUUUGCAUCACAGUUUCUGUUUUAUUAAUUUGGAAAGGGAAUUAGUCUGUUGUGAUUCAGUUGAUGUAAAAUAUGUGUAAUUUGAAGUUUCCAUUUCCAGAAGCAGAUUUACCAUAAUAAGCAAACACCAGAAGAAAUGUUUAAGUUUAUAAUGUGGGCUGUGGACUGGAGUGGACUCUGUGUGGCGAAAUUGAGCUUCCACUUG